UUUGGCGACCUGUUUGGCAAGAUCGAUCUGGGAACGAGAUCGCAAACCCAAGAAAGCUUCGGGCCAGCAGGAUCUGAUUGCGACGAGUCCAGGCUAGAUACUUUGGCCGCUGAAUCGUUUUAUUUUCGUCCGCUGCCGUGUUUUGACGGGACUGCAGCUCACCAUGGCCGAGCUGGACUCGCCUGGUAGCAAGAGGGAGGUCCCGGGAAACACUGAACCGCAGCAGCAACAACAACAUGACCGUGAAAAACCGCCGCGGCUUCGUCAUCGCAGCAGCUCGCAGAGAGGCCUAGGUCUUGCUGUUGGUGACAGUAUGGGUCGAAGCCUUCGCGUGGUGUGCGUUACGGGCAACGGCAACUCUCCCGCGGUGUGCCUGCAGGCGGUACGGGAGUUAGAACGUGCGUGUGCGUCGCAGGAAACCGCCAGCACCAUCCACAGUCUGAACGGAGACGGCGGCGGCCUGGCGUCACCGACCACCGGCGGGAUCCACGUGGAGAAAAUCUCGUUUGAAAGGCUUGACUUCGGGGAAACUAAGGAGUUGGAUCUGUUCUACACAGCAGAAGUUGCAGUCGUAGACGUGACGCCACAGAACCAGCAGGCCGCGCUGUUCUACCACCUGGGCGUACGGGAAAGCUUCGGCUGUAACGACAACAUCGUCCUGUACUACGAGACAGGAGACCCAGAGGUGGCCCAAUCCCUGAAGUGCAUGCAAAGUUGGAAUGUAUUCCGGCGACACAGUCUGAGAAGCCCGGAGGAGGUCGACGUGGUGGAUAGCUGUUUUGGGGCGUCAUGUUCGUACUACACCUUCAUCCCGUACAUGACUAACGAGCGCGGGCGCUGCUACGUGUCAGAGCCCGUGGUCCUGCUGCGUGCCGGCGGGAACGUGGACACGUCGAGCCAGGCGGCGGCGUCAGGACAGGGCGUGUGUGUGUUCCUCAGUACUGUCCUCAAGAGAGAACUCAAGGAGCUGGCCAGGAAAAAGAGAACACAAGCCAAGGACCUUCUCUUAAAUCAGCUGAGGAAGGCUCGGUCCAAGCACCAGGGUCAAGCCUUGGCAAAGGAGCUGGCCACACUCCGUGUCCGUCUGGAUGACCCCACACUUCUGUCAGGUGACAUCGUCCACAACUUCCUACUGUCUUACAGAGAGUGUCAGGACUACAAUGCCAUGGUGAAGUUAUAUGAAGACUUACAGGCCAUCCCUUACCUGAACAUCACAGACUGUCCCUCCAUACAGCACCUCUAUGCCUUUGCCUUGAACAGGAGAAACAGGCCAGGUGACAGGGAGAAGGCACUUGACAUCAUCACACAGGCCAUAGACAAGUCAGACGUGCCUGCCCCUGAUCUGUUGUGCAUGUGUGGACGGAUCUACAAGGACCUGUUCCUAGAGUCAGAGUGUACCAACCUGGAGGCCAGAGAAAAUGCCAUUCACUGGUAUAGGAAAGGUUUUGAGGUGCAGCCCAAUACCUAUGCUGGCAUCAACCUGGCCACUCUACUGGUGGUGUCUGGUCAGGACUUCAACAAGUCUCCAGAGCUGCAGCGAGUUGGUGUGAUCCUGAACAACCUGGUAGGGAGGAAGGGCAGUCUCCCAUCCCUGGAGGACUACUGGGACGUGGCCACGUUCUUUGAGAUCAGUGCCCUGGCACAGGACUACAGCAAGGCUAUCCAGGCAGCCGAACAGAUGUACAAACUCAAACCACCCACAUGGUACCUGAAAUCUACACUUGCCAACAUCAAACUUCAAGACAGAUUCAGGAAAGACAAGAAAAUGUCCAGAGAAAGAACAUUGUUUGAGUUUUGGGUAGAAGUGUUUGUGGAGGCAACAAAAGAAGAGGAGUCCAACGAUGUUCGCUUCCCAGUCCUACUGUUGGAACCGACCAAGCUCUUCAUGCCCUCAUACGUUACAGUCAACACAGACAGCUCAGAAAAGUCUGUUCAUCUGUGGCAUGUGGCCCCGCCUCCUGACAGCAAGGAGCUUCAUGACUGGAAAUUUAGUGCAGCCAGCAUCAAAAGUAUUAGUUUGUACAAGAGAGACGACCGAUGUGUGUUCAUGUACAUACAGGAGAACCUGGAUGACUUCCAACUCUUCUUCCCAGCCGACCAUCUCAGACAAAGAUUCUACCACCUAGUAACCAGUAUGACAGAGGAAUCUCCCACUGAAAAGGAGGAGGCUGACAAUGGACCAGACUUGCUACAGUAUGAGUAUGAGUUUGAAGAGAGUGGGUACAGAGUUGUACUGGGGAAGGGCACAUUUGGUGUGGUGUACGCUGCCAGAGACCUCAACACUCAAGUCAGGAUUGCCAUCAAGGAAGUCCCAGAGAGGGAUUCAAGCCAAGCGGAGCUGCUCCAUGAAGAGAUCAGACUGCACUCCCGUCUGAGCCAUAAGAACAUUGUGAAGUACCUGGGGUCUGUUAGUGAGGACGGAGUCAUCAAGAUCUUCAUGGAACUGGUGCCCGGAGGGAGCCUAUCAUCCCUACUGCGUCAGAAGUGGGGACCUCUGAAGGAGAAUGAAAACGCCAUCAUCUUCUACACCAGACAGAUUCUGGAGGGGCUGAAGUAUCUACAUGACAACAAAAUUGUCCACCGUGACAUCAAGGGAGACAACUGCCUGGUCAACACGUACAGUGGAGUGGUCAAGAUCUCCGACUUUGGCACCUCCAAAAGACUGGCUGGCAUCAACCCAUGUACUGACACCUUUACUGAUGGAGAGUAUGAAUUCGAGGAACCUACAGAUUACCGAUACGUUGCUGCAGUGGCAGCCAAGAAAAUGCUUACCCCUGGCACACUGCAGUACAUGGCACCAGAGGUGAUUGAUCGAGGACUGAGAGGGCAUGGACCACCAGCUGAUAUCUGGUCCUUGGGCUGUACCAUUGUGGAGAUGGCUACAGGGAAACCGCCUUUUAUUGAGCUUGGGAAUCCCCAGGCUGCCAUGUUUAAGGUGGGAUACUACAAGAUCCACCCUGAUAUCCCAGAUGUCAUGUCAGAGAAGGCCAACAGCUUCCUCCUCAGGUGCUUUGAGGCAGAUCCAGGGAAGCGUGCCACAGCCGGGGACCUUCUGACUGACCCUUGGCUCAGCAGGAAAAAGUCCAAAGUCUCUAAAAGUCCCCAUGGACAUGGGUUUGAUCGCAGUAUAUCAGUCUGUGAACGCAGAGAUAGUGGACACAUUUCAUGGGCUCGGUCAUCAUCUAUAGAUGAAAAUCAUGAAGUUGGCUCUUAUGACAAAAGGAGGUCCUCCAUGAUAGAGGUGCCUCGUAAACUGUCAUACUCUCCCGGUGAUGUCCAUCCCUCACCACCGGUCAUCGAGCGCCACAGGUUGUCACUGGACCUCCCCAGCGUAAUGGAACAUCCCCUCCAUCGAUGUGACACAUUUGCUGGUUCCUCCUCUGAUUUUGUGUACGGCAGUAGUCCCACCUCCAUCAGUCACCUGCGCACCCCCAGUCCACUGCAAAGCAGCUCAGAUGGGUCCACAGAUGCCAUGGACAGGCCCAGGUUCUUCCAAGAUGACAACACAGCAGGGUCAGGUCUUACUCCAUUCUACAACCUGAGAAAGGAGAGUGAGAGAAGGUCCACUCUUGUUAAAGUACUGGAAGAAGAUGAGGACAAGGUAUGCACAAGCUGGCUGGCCAGGAUAGAACAGGACUCUGCCACCAGUCUCAGGCUUUCCAAGACACACCUGGUUUACCUGAUAGAAAGUCUGAGACAGUACAUCAAGGACCAGGUGGGGUCUAUUCUGGCCAAGGCUAUAGGCACAAUGAAGCAGCAACUGGAGUUUGACUCCCAGGCUAUGAACGAGGUUCAGAUAGCUCUCUACAUCUUCCAGGAUGUUGUGUUUGACCUUCUGAAGGAACACAAUAUCCAGCCUCACUGGAUGUUUGCCCUGGAUGACCUGGUGAGAAAUGCUGUGCAGCUGGCAAUCACAUACAUCCCAGAUUACAGAUUAUUGUCCCUGUACAGACAACAUCAACUUAAACAAGUUCCACUGCUAGGAGCAGGUGAUGUGUGGUUAAAAAAGAAACAUGUCACUGUCAUCUUGUUUUGUUUCAUUGUUGGAAAAAUAACAGUUUGAUGUGUGAUUUAUUCUUUUUUUUCAUUCACACAACCCCUCACUAGAGGUCAAAGAUCUCAUACCUUCCUCAUUUGUUAUUUGUGUUGGUUGUUCUGUAAUUUCUUU